GAGCUCUUAAGCGCUGUUUCACCGCCUGCCAGUUGCGUCCGUCGCAGGAUGUCUUCGCUGGUGCUGCUCACGGGAUUGUUGCUCCUGCUCUGUGGGAUCUUGGCCGGGGGGGGCUCUCCCACCCCCAGUGGGGUCGCUGCAGGGCCGGCACUGGCCAAGGGGACUGAUCAGCUGUCGCCCCUGGCCACUGACUGCCCGUCCUGCGCGCUGGCACGGAUGGCGAGGGAGGGGGCAACGUCGGGUCAGCAGGACAUGGUGGAGGCGGUGAAGCGACACAUCCUCAGUAUGUUGCACCUGAGCGCACGGCCCAACAUCACGCAGCCAGUGCCUCGCGCCGCCCUGCUCAAUGCCAUCAAGAAGCUGCACGUGGGCCGUGUCAGCGACGACGGCAGCGUGCAGAUCGAGGACGAGGGCCAGAGCCGCGCCGAGAUGGACGAGCUGGCCGAGCUCACCUCCGAGAUCAUCACCUUCGCCGAGGCAGGAGAUUCUCCAGAUGCCAUCAACUUCCAGAUCUCGAAAGAAGGCAGUGACAUGUCUCUGGUGGAGCAGGCCAAUGUCUGGCUGUUCCUCAAGCUGGCCAAGACUAACCGCAGCCGGGCCCGGGUCACCAUCAGGCUGCUGCAGCGCCAGCAAGCCCCGGACGGACAGAUCCGUGAGGUGUCCAUGGCACAGAAGGCUGUGGACACGCGCCGCAGCGGCUGGCACACGUUCCCGGUGUCGGGCGCCGUGCAGACACUGCUGGAGCAGGGCGCCAGCACGCUGAGCCUGACGGUGUCAUGUGAGCAGUGUGCCGAGUCCAACGCCACGCCGGUGCUAACCCCGGCCUCCAAUCGCGAGCGUGAGCAGUCCCACAGGCCCUUCCUCAUGGUGGUGGUGCGCCAAGCCGGCAACCAGCCGCACCGGCGCCGCAAGCGGGGCCUGGAAUGCGACGGCAAGAUCCGCAUCUGCUGCAAAAAGCAGUUCCACGUCAACUUCAAGGACAUCGGCUGGAACGACUGGAUCAUCGCCCCCACCGGUUACCACGCCAACUACUGCGAGGGUGACUGCCCCAGUCACGUGGCCAGCAUCACAGGCUCCUCCCUCUCCUUCCACUCGACGGUGAUCAACCACUACCGCAUGCGUGGCUACAGCCCCUUCACAAACAUCAAGUCGUGCUGCGUGCCCACGCGCCUCCGCGCCAUGUCCAUGCUCUACUACAACGAGGAGCAGAAGAUCGUCAAGAAAGACAUCCAGAACAUGAUCGUGGAGGAGUGCGGCUGCUCCUAAGGUCCGCGGGACACGGGAAAGCAUCAGCCCACUACGCCUGUGCGUCUGUGAGGGGGGAGGCGGGCCUGGGAUCAAGGGGGGCGGGGCAGGGCGAGCGCGGCCACCAAGCCACCAUCCCGCCGCUGGUCAUGGACUCGAAGCCUUACUUCGAGACGACGCCAAAUUGUUCGGCAGUGAGUGAAGCUGACAGGAGGACAGUCUCUGUGGCACUUUCAGAUUAAGAAAAAGAGAGAGAUACGUAAUAUAUUUUUGUUACAAAUGGAGGUACGGCGGGGAGGACAGAGUAUUUAUGUGGUGAGGUACGGCGGGGAUGGGGGGGUAUGUGUAUGUGUGUGUGUGUGUGUGUGUGUG